UAUAUGCACAAUGACUCAGUUCAUGAGUUGGUAUGCUGGUUGGGAGCAGACAUUGCAUAACAUUGCCUAGGGAAAAUAAAGAUUUAAAUCGAAAUCAUGAAACCUCUCACAGUCUAGCUGGUGAUAUAAGUAAAUGAGAUUCCAUGAGCCGCCCCCCCCCCCCCUCAACGAACACUAUAUAUUAAGCAGCUACAUUUGGAAAGGAGCAGGUCAUUCUGAUUAACAGCAAGGUCUUCACAAGACACAAAGAACACAUGGCUUUCCACACUCGCUCCAACAGCUUUCCCUCAAGGCCACACCCACUGUUUCAAGAAAUUGAUGAGCAUUUGUGCAGAUUGAAGUCUUCUGAGGCCACCUCCACAUCUUCAUCAUCAAUAAGCCACAAACUAAGCAGUCUCCAAGACUUGCAUGAUUGUGUCGAUAGGUUGCUUCAAUUGCCUCUCACCCAAAAGGCCUUGGCACAAGAGCAGCAUCAGAAAUGGGCUAAUGAGCUAUUAGAUGGAUCUCUCAGGAUCUUGGAUGUUUGUAGCACUUCCAAAGACGCCCUGAUGAAAACCAAGGAAAACGUACAAGAUCUUCAAUCAAUCAUUCGAAGAAAGCGUGGAGAUGAAUCUGCAGUACUCAAGAGUGAAGCAAGGAAAUACUUGAUAUCCAGGAAGACAGUGAAAAAGGCUCUCCACAAAGCUUUGGGGAACAUGAAGGGAAUGGCAAACAGAUCUUCGUCUUCCUGCAACAAGGAUCAAGAGACUAUAACCAUCGUGAGCAAGCUGAGAGAUGUGGAAGCAGUCACUCUCGCCAUGUUUGAAUCAGUUCUAUCCUUCAUCUCAGGGCCAAAGUCAAAGCCUUACAGCUGGUCUUUGGUUUCCAAGAUGUUGCAGUCAAAUAGAAUAGCUUGCGAGGAAGAAACAAAAGUAAAUGAAUUUACAGAGGUGGAUGCUGCAUUGAAGUCACUCAAGAGUGGUGACAACACACACAACCAGCUUAACAAUCUGGAAUCAUGCAUUCAAGACCAAGAAGAAGCACUUGAUUGUCUAUAUAGGCAAUUGAUCAAAACAAGAGUCUCCCUUCUCAACAUAUCCUCAACCACUAGAUAUUAGCUUUUCACUCAAUU